AUGGAGUCCCACCCUCCUGAUUUUAUAAAGAUAAAUUGUGAUGCUUCGUUGCGUGAUGAGGGGUGGGUUGGUGUUGGAGCUGUGGCUAGAAAUGACAGGGGAGAAGUCCUAUUUGCGGGAACCAGACGUUCUCGGGGCUGCUGGCCUCCCGAAAUUGCUGAAGGCAAGGCUAUUCUCUUUGGCUUAAAGCUUGCUCGAAGAUAUGGGUUGAAGCAUGUGAUUGUUGAAUCGGAUAGUCAAGUUACCAUAAAUCGCCUCUCGAAAGCAGUGACUUACUUCUCUGACUUUGAUUCUGUUCUAGAUGACAUAAUGUUUGUUAGCAAAUUCCUUGAUUUUGUAUCUUGGUCUCAUGUUCGUAGGGAUGGGAAUGUUAUCGCCCAUUACCUUGCUAGGCUAGUACCGUUUGGUUCUGAGCAAAUAUGGGAAAAUCAUUGCCCCUCUGAAAUUGCUCCGUAUGUAUUAAUGGACAAUUUGUCCAAGCCUUAA